AUGGCUAGCCCAACCACCGUUUUAGCUCUCUGGCAAGCAAAAGACUCCAUUGUCGAAACUGCGACAACUAUUGUUAAGAAUCUUCUCUCGCCUGAACACGUUGAAUCAAUUGUAGGGCCAGUCGAAUGCAAGCUCGCACCAAUAUUCCCGGAUAAGGAGACCCUCAACAAGGUCUCCGAUAACACGAAGGUCAUGGUCGCCGUCACAAACAAGGUGUUGUACACCUCCCUCCCCGGCAAGACUAAGUUCCAAGACGUCCAGGGAAUCUUUAACGCCAAUCUCCAAACUGUGUUGUCUCCGAAGGGUGUGGCAGAACAGCAACACAAGACUUUCACGACACAAGAUAAAGCUUUGUUUGAUUUCAAAACCUCGGAUGGGCCGUCGGAGGCGAGCGUGGCAUUGAUUCAAAACUGGGUUUCCACGGAGCUACUCACCGACCCCCAUGUCCUAAUCACCUCCGGCCUCGAUAACGCAAAGACCAUCCGUGGAUUGAUCACGAUAUCAAAGUCGAACUUUGACCUGUUCUCGAACAAGGUCCAACACGAGUCGUUGGUCGCUGACAUUGGUUUCCUGGAGUAUCCGUCCACGAAGAACGAAACCAUCCGUAUCAGUAACAUCAAGAUCUACGUCUGGAUCAAGGAGGUCAAGGUCGGCCUUGGAGCCAUUCAAAAUUACGAAGUUGGCUUACGCGGAAGUUACUUCUGCCAGAGUUACGAGCCAAACACUGAGGGCAUCGUGAGUGGUUCCGAGACUUCCGAGCUUGAAAUGUAUUGGUUGAUCGUUCUCGGCUGUAUCCAGACAGGCCUUAAGUCCAACACCGUCACGCACGCGCUCGCGGACUACGAAACGUUUGUGUCUGAGGUUCAUGACUUCGUCAAGGAUAGUUCCGAAGCCUGA